CGUUUCUAGGGUCGGAUGAGGGCGGUGGGCUGACAGGCCGGGGCGGGAACCUGUUACUGAAUGAGGACGGGCCAGGCCAGGCCGCGUUUAAUCCGCGUCGUGGGAGUCGGCAGAGGCGGCAGGCGGGGAAGGCGAGACGACAGGCGGAUUGACUGAGCAGACGGAUGGACUCCAUGGCUCGGCGUGGGCUCCUCGAAGGCAGUAGCGCCAAGAGCUCCUCCGCCGCCACGCAUAGCGGCGCUGGGCUCCCCUGAGAGGCGCCGAGCCGCCUGAGGGGAGGGACUCGCUCUCGCCUGGCAGGCCGGAGGAGCGGGGCGCCUGCGAGGGGCCUCUGGCUCUCCUUUUCUCCCUCAGGGGCGCGCCAGGGAUUGGAGUCGGCGGCUGCGCCUCUGCCUCUAUGAUGAAGUUCAAGCCGAACCAGACGCGGACCUACGACCGGGAGGGCUUUAAGAAGCGAGCGGCGUGCUUGUGUUUCCGCAGCGAGAGGGAGGACGAGGUUCUGCUAGUAAGCAGCAGCCGGUAUCCAGAUCAGUGGAUUGUUCCAGGUGGAGGAAUGGAACCAGAAGAAGAACCAGGUGGUGCUGCAGUCAGAGAGGUCUAUGAAGAGGCUGGAGUAAAAGGAAAACUAGGCAGAUUGCUGGGAAUAUUUGAGCAGAAUCAAGACCGGAAGCAUAGAACUUAUGUUUAUGUUCUUACAGUGACUGAAAUCCUGGAAGAUUGGGAAGAUUCAGUUAAUAUAGGCAGGAAAAGAGAGUGGUUUAAAGUUGAGGAUGCUAUCAAGGUCCUUCAGUGUCACAAGCCUGUACAUGCAGAGUACUUGGAAAAACUGAAAUUAGGGUGUUCACCAACCAAUGGAAAUUCUGUGGUUUCUUCCCAUCCUGACAACAGUUCUCUUUAUGUCACUUCUACACAGACUUCUGGGCUGCCCUCUACUGUAAGAUAAAAUCUGAAUUACUUUCUUGUAUGCCAUCACAAGGAGAAAUGUCUUUUGGUGGUAAUGUGCUCUGUUUAUAGUCAUCAAAAUCCUGAGUGUGAAUACUUUGUAUGUUCAGACCUGUUUUUCUUUUUUUAGCAGUGUAUAAUAUUUAAUAAGCCAAAGCCAUACGGGGAAUUAAAGAUGCCUUAAAUGGCCCUUUAAAGUAAAAUAUAGAUAUCUUAAAUACCUGGUAAAAAUAAGAGUGAAUUUGUAAUUUGGCUUUUGAGUAUAGCUUAAUUUUUCUUCCUUGUACAUUUCCUGAAAAUCAAACUUGUUUGAAGAGACUUUACUUUAGUAUAGCUAUUAUUAUUAUUAUUUCCCUACUUCAACAUGGUUAGCUGGAGGAGUAAAGUGGCAGUGGAAAUCAACAGCAAGUGCCUUCUAUUUCAGGAAGACUCCUCCUCCCCAGUAUUUCACAUGAAGAUCUUAACUAUAGUAGUGCCAGCUGGACUCUUUGCCAAAGCCUUCGUACUGCUCUUGCUUACAGUAUUUAGCCAAACAGCCAGAUUCCUGCAGUGCACACACACCAAACCUUUUUAAAACCUGCUUGCCUUCCUCUUGCUCAAGUCCAUGUUGGCUUCCUUUGCUAUUCCAAUAGGUAUUAAUUUACUGGUGGAGAUAUAUCCCUUCUUUUUCCAGAAUCUGUACAUUGGAUCAGUACUGGAAGGAUAACUACUUGAGCAUUAAGGAGAGAAACACAAAUUGCCAGCCCUAUUUUAAUCUCUGCUACUAAAACAGGGGCAUACAGAUUCUCUAAAUUAUACAAACUUUAGUUCAUUUACACUGAAUUUCCCUUUCUCCCUAAAGUCAGAACUGCAGCUGAGGUAAAGAAACUACCUCUAUCAUGAAGACUGUCUCUUCUCAUUCUUUCUAUGUAAAAUAAGCCCACUGUAAAUAAUCCAACUGGUGUAAAGUGGAAAGUAAAUGUAAAUACUAUGUUGCUCACAAAACUAGGUUAUCACCUAGGGCUCUAGUGUCUUACAAGCUACAUAACAGGCAGAAAGUUAUCACUGUAUCUUUGCCCAAGGAAUUUCUGCUGAAAAUAGUUGUUAAAGGCACAGAAGCCCUGUUGGAGAUGAAGGUGGCAACCCUACACGACCUUCAACAUUGUUUAAAAUGCUGCUAUCCAUGUGCUGUUACAGUUUUUAAGGAAAAUGAUGGUGCCAUUAGCUUUCCCUCUAGAAAAACUGGGAAUAUAAAUAUUGUGCCAUAUCAAUGCAUCUGAGCAAGGAACAUCAGUCAUGAGUAUUACUUUUAAGAGCUAAAAUUACAAGUAGACUGGAAAGUCUGCCACAGGAUAGAACUUCCAUUCACAUUUGAAGAAAUAGUGUCACCUGGAACAGCAGGCUGUUUUGUGUUUAAAGCGCCUUUUCCAUAUUCUGCUUCAUGUAAGUCAGAAGAAUAUUAAUAGUGUAGACUAUUGGCAGACCCAUCAAUGUAAAAUCUCACACUAAAUCAUCUUGGGGAAAAUACCUGGUUCCCAACAAGUAUGCAUUUUCCAGACAGUAGGUCAGCAUUCUAAGUUGGCAGAGUCCUACCUUCUCAUGUAUUUGUCAGUUAACUCUUUAAACACACUGAAACAUCACAUGGUAAAAAAAUGAGAAAUGUUUAUUCUUUACAAUGACAAGAGUGAAAAGCAUAUUGAACGGGUUUAUGGUUCCUGCAACUGCUUUCAUCUGUAGUUUUUACUUUUGAAACUUAUGAGCUGCAUACUGGUAAUGCAUGAUUAUUUUGGUUUCUUACACUAUGUAUUGUGUAAAAUUUGUACAGCUGUCAAUACUAACAAAAUCAGAGGUGAUGGCUUAUAAAUAUUCCAGAUUGCUGUGCCAUAUACAGUUAGAUAUAUUGGUGUAAAGACCUUCAGUCUAUGCAACUUAUGAAGAAGCCCCUUGCUAAAACUGACUUGCAAAAUCUGUCUUGCAGAGUGAUACACUGGAAUGUCAAAAAUCCAUCUUUGUUACACUUCAUUAAUAGACAUAGCCAAAUCCAAUCAUUUAGAAGAGUAGGUUGUACAACAUGCUUGUCAAAGAUGACAGCUAUGAUGCUUUCUGCCAAAAUUAAACCAUAGUCAUAUAGUUCCAAUGAGAAGCUCAGAUUUGACAAAAUGGGAAGAGAUUCGAAAGUACAUUUUGAAAUUUUUUGUGGCAUCAGGAACCGGGACAUAAGUUCCUUCUAAGUGGCCUUUGAAUCUGUGCCUGACUUCACAUGCAUAGAGAUAAGAAUUGAUUUGGAUCAUGUACAAUGCACAAAUCCAUGUUUUAGACUCAGUAAGACAUGGGUUGUGAAGUCAUUAUCAGGCAAGCAUAGACUCAGUGUAAUGGAAGCAUGUUACUGUGAACAUUUAAAAUUGGGAACAUGCCAUUAAAAAUACUGCAAGAGCAUUUACAUAAGUAAUAGAGGCUAUUAAAAGUGAAACUUCCAUCCUGGAUGGUUACCAGAAUUAUUGUCAGUGUUGGAAAUAAUUGCUCAACAUGCUUCUGAGAAGUAAAAUUUUUUGAAGGAAAACUACAAUUUAAGUUGUAAACAUUUUGAACUGUCUGCAUGGCUUUCUUUUAAAGACUGGUGUAAGAAUUUUGAUUUUUUUAUAUCUGAAAUGAACCUCCAAAAUAAAAAUUGAAACAACCUAUAGCUGUUGGUUCUUCAUAUAGCUCAUCUUCUUGAAUCUAGGUGAUCUGGAAGCAAUCCUUUCACCUGCUUUCACCCAUUAGUAGUUUUACAUCUUAGUGCAAGAGUUUGAUGCCCUUCUCACACAGUGUGUUAUAGUGGUUACAGGAUGCUAGUAUUAAGAAGUUUCUGGAAAGCUUAUAAAAAACCAGUUGUGCUUAUUCAGCCUUCCAGUCAUCUAGGCAUUUCCUGUACUUCUUUUUUAGUUCAGAGCUUGAAGAUAGGGAUAGCAGGCAUAUAGAGUUGGAGAGGAUUUUAAAGAACUGCUCCAGAAUUGUAAGGGAUGACACAAUAGGUUGAGUAGUAACAUAGCCAGUGGUAGAAAGCAAUAUAACUUUUAUUGACAGCCAAGCCUAAGUAGAACACCCAAGUAUUAACAAGCUUUUUGCAUACUAACCUGUGCAAUGGGGGGAAAAAACUUUCUACACUACAAUGUCAUUGUCUGAACCAAGCAGAAUUUACGUCCUUUGAUGCUAUCUUUCCUGUGCUUUCUGAGUAACUUACAGUGGAAGGAAAUAAAGUUGUUAAUGACCUAUUCUAUCUUGUUAUGGAGGUGAUGGAAGAAACUCGAGACCUAGUCCAAGUUCUUUGUAAGGACCAAAAUUUCUAGGUGUAAGACAGCACAAUUCCUUGUAAAUAACUGUGCUGCUCAUUGGUACUUCAAACUUUCAGUUGGGGUGUGUGUGUGUAUAGCAUUGACUCCCAUCCCUAGGUGGGCAACAGACAUGUAAAAUUGUGUUUACCCUGCCACACAUCACAUAGUGUCUUACAGCUUUUGCUGUAAGAGAUGUAUCUUAAACCAUCAGCCAAUGAGCGUUUUGGAUACUUCACUUAAGUUUUUGUCAUUAAAUUGUAGUCUUGGUUAUAACUGGAUCUUAGUGCAACUGCUGAUAUAUUUUAUUCAGGUGUAAUAGGGAGAAAGGAAGGAACAGGGCUAGGUCAGCAGUGUGAGAAGGGGAGGUGAAGGUGCCAUUCCUUCCACACCACUUGCUGCUGGAGCUGUGGUGCAUUUUCAUAUCCCCACUGGGAAGUUGUAAGGUCAACACCAAGUUCAGUUUAGAACUGCUACUGGGUGUUCAAGAACUACUGAACCAUCUUACUGAGACUUCUAACACCAGUAUUUAAGGGGAAAGUAGGUUUAAACUAUGACAACUAAUUGUUUGAGAAAAUAUUUUCCUGCUAAAAAUUACAAUGAAACAUUUCGAAUUAUAUAGCUGGUUUUCUUAGAGGAGUAAAAGCAAAGUUCUAUGAAACUUAAUAUCUACUGAUGAUUCUUGCACGUACAGAACUUAAAAUAUACUAAGAAAUUGCUUCUUUCCUCACAGUGUGUUCUGUCCUUUUACAAAAGCACUGCUUAUAGCAAUUAUUUGUUUAAUACUUAGUAAUUAUUUUUCCUUCUGUGUAUUGCAUAACACUCACUUUACAGUCUAGAUAAAAGAUUAGUCAUGCUGAACAAUGUUCAAUUAGUCUUAUUGAGUAGAUUAAUAUAAUCAUUUGGCAAUAGCCACCCAUGCAAAGAUAACAUUGCCAAAGUCACUGCUGGUUGUAAGUCAUAGAUUACCUCUGCAAGUAGUAAAUAUGUGAUAGAGAUUUAGGGAUGAAACACUGGAGAAGCUGGUAUCUAGUUCUUUACAACACACUUUAAAAUAUUUAUCUUGGUUAUUACAGAGCAGGAUAAAAAUGUACUAAAUAAUAUAACACUCUAAGGUUGAUCAGUGGUAUCCUAUUGCAGAUGGGGUGGUAAUACUUGCUUAAGAGCACCUCCCCCAAUAAGUUCAGGCUGAGCCUUCUUUAACCAUGGACUUUUCCACUUUCAGUCUUGUACCAGGCCUCAGAUUAUACACAGCACAUACACCAAAUGUCAUGACAUUAUAAUUGAAUUUGUACGUUUGCUAUAAGACCGUUUCUUAACAAUGGCUUGCAUCUGGAAUGGUAUUUCUGUUCUCAUAAGGGAGAAGGGCUCUGAUUCCUGCUUGCUAUGUUUCCAACCUAGCCAGAUUACAAGGUGCCCCCCCUCCCCCAAAUUCUUGGGAGGAGCUUUUCAGGGAUAUAAUGGGCAGCAGGAGCUCACAGUCCACUGAUUCCAAGCCAACCUGUGAGUGUUGUAUGAAGACAAAAACAAUCACAUCAAUUUAAAUCAUAGGUCAAAUGCAGGGCUCAUUUGGAGGGGGAACGCACCGGAACGCAGUUCCGGCAGUUCCCCCAAAAGGUCACUGUCAGGUGGCCCUGCCCACCUGGUUUUUGGCCAUUUGGGGCGGGGGAACCCUUCCUUGCCCAGCACUGACCCGAUCCCGGCCAUUUUGGCCCCAAUGGGCCCAAAAUUGCCAUUUUGGACUCAUUUCCACCAUGACUGGGGCCGAAACGGCUGGGAUCGGGGGCCAUUUUGGCCUGGAUUGGGCCAAAAUGGCCCUGAUCAGGCCACUGCCAGGUGGGGGAACACUCCCCCAUCUGGCAGCAACCGAAUCCCAGCCAUUUUGGGCCCAAUCAAAUCAAUUAUGCUAAUGACACACUUCCGGUGAUGGCAAGGGAUGUGGCAUAUGCUAAUGAGUUCCUGCAGCACUUUUUCUAUGAAAUGACCCCUGGUCAAAUGUAUGAACAGAACUAAAGAAUUCUUCUGUGCAAUAGGUCAAAAUUUCUGCAACCUAUGCAAAUAAAGCAUAACUAGCAUUUAUGAUCCAUUCAGAGCACUAAAGCCCUGCAAAUUUUAAAUUUGUUUUAAAAACAUUCAUUCAAACUCACUUCUGUAGAUAUUUUAAAUGCAAGGUUAAGUGCCUGUGGCCAAGUAAAUUAAUGAAAAAUAUGACUUAUAAAAAGUAUGACGUUGAUGCUUAAGAA